GGAAGUUGUCGCUGGUGACGCUGGGUGGAGGAAGGCGUUGCUCGUUGCUCUCGCUGACUAGAGGAACGGAAAAUGGCGGACCUCGAAGACGUUACGCUGGACGGUAGACCGCUCCAGUCCCUUCGAGUUGCGGAUUUAAAAGCUGCUCUUGAGGAGAGGGGACUCUCUAAAAGCGGGCAGAAGAAUGCACUCAUUAAAAGACUCAAAGGGGCCCUCAUGCUGGAGAAUCUGCAGAGGACCUCAACCAAUCACAUCGGACUACAGCCAAACUCACAGAUUGGAGAAGAAAUGAGCCAGAACAGCUUCAUCAAGCAGUAUCUGGCUAAACAACAGGAGCUCCUGAGGCAGCGGCUCGAGAGAGAGGCCCGUGAAGCAUAUGACACUAAUGAUCAAGAGGACCACACAGAAGUUAAUAACAGUACACCAUGCCCUCCUCCAGCCCAGGAAGCCCCGCCACCAUUGGCUGAGCAGCAAAAGCCACCCGGCCCCUCCGGUGGAGAGGGAUUGUUUGGGGCAGCGAACGAGGCAGAGGGUAACAGAAACCAGGAAGCCCACAUGUCCGGUCCUCCUGCGUCUGGCUCUGUGGCCAUGCGCGUUCCUGUCGCAGAGCACCGACCAGAAAGGGGGUCCGCCUCCAACCAAGUCGCAGCCGACAGCAACGAUGACGACAGUGAUGACGGAGACGAGGAUGGCGACAACGACGAUUGGGAAGGAGGCGCUCACAGGAGAAGCAACAGAGAGCCGGCCAGAGCUCCCGCGUCUAGAGAGAGGUCCGGAGUACCCUGUCAACCCCCUCAGCAACACAUGCCUUCCCUUCUAUCCCCUCAACUCCGCCAGCCUACACCUCCUCCCUCCCCACCUCCAGAGUUAUCAUUCCCCUUGCCGGACACCCCUAAACAGAGCCCCCCAAGUCCAGAUGUAGCCGCAGCUGGGCGUUCAUCCAGUACUUCCAGCUCCGGCUCCUCCAGCAGCGACAGCCGCAGCAGCAGCCCGGAGCCGCAGAGGAGUGCCGAGCGCAAGCCCGGCCCACUGACCCUUCUGGCCCGCAAAAUGGAGUCAGAAGGUGCUUUCUCUGGAGCAGGUUGGCACCGUGCCGCCGGUGUUGAAGGCGAUGGCAGAGGGCCUUUAGAGGGUCUGGUUUCUGCCAUAACUCACACAGCCAAUGCGGCAGGGCACAUGUCAUUUUCCACAAUUCCAGGCAUCCCAGGAGCAUAUCCGGCCCAUAUUCAAGCACCCGUGAGUGUGCUCAAGGCCACCGCAACAGAAGAGAGGGACAGAGAGAGGGACUCUCAGUUAGAAAGAGAAAAGGCCCUUGAGCUGGAAAGGCAAGAGAAACAGAGAAAAGAGCAGGCCAUGGAGGAAGAGCGGGAAAGGGCCUUUGCACUGGCUUUAGAAAGAGAGGAACGAGAAAAGGCUUUGCAGCGCGAGAGAGAGCUUGCUCUAGAGCGAGAGAGACAGGUGAGGGAACUCGCUUUGGCUAAAGAGAGGGAAGAGCGAGAGCGAGCCUUCGCACAAGAGCUGGAGAGACAGAGGUCCCUGGAGCAGGAGCGUCUGCAGAGAGAAAGGAAAGAGAGGGAGAAGCGAGAGAGGGAAGAAAUGGAGAGGGCCAUAGAGCAGGAAAGAGCCAGGGCUUUAGAGCAGGAAAGGAAAGAGAGAGAAAGGGCUCUGGAGCAAGAGAGGCUACAGAGGGAACGAGCUCUGGAGGCUGAGAGGAUUGAGAGAGAAAUGGCUUUGGAGCAGGAGAGGCUGGAAAGGGAAAGGUUUGAGAGGGAGAAAGCCUUAGAGCAAGAGAGACUGGAGAGGGCUCUGGAGCAGGAGAGACUCGAGAGGGAGAAAGCCAUAGAGAAGGAGAGAAGAGAAAGAGCUAUAGAGCAGGAAAGGUUGGAGCGGGAGAGAGCCCAAGAGCAACAGAGGUUGGCGCUCGAGAGAAAGGAAAAGGAGAUAAUCGAGAGAGAGAAAGUGUUGCAGCAAGAAAGGAAAGAGAGGGAAAGGGCAUUGGAACAGGAGAGGAAGGAGAAGGAGAGAUUUGAAGCUCUGGAACAGGAGAGGAAGGAGAAGGAGAGAUUUGAAGCUCUGGAACGGGAGAGGAAGGAGAAGGAGAGAUGUGAUGCUCUGGAACAGGAGAGGAAGGAGAAGGAGAGAUUUGAAGCUCUGGAACAGGAGAGGAAGGAGAAGGAGAGAUUUGAAGCUCUGGAACGGGAGAGGAAGGAGAAGGAGAGAUUGGAAGCUCUGGAACAGGAGAGGAAGGAGAAGGAGAGAUAUGAAGCUCUGGAACGGGAGAGGAAGGAGAGAUUUGAAGCUCUGGAACGGGAGAGGAAGGAGAAGGAGAGAUUGGAAGCUCUGGAACAGGAGAGGAAGGAGAAGGAGAGAUUUGAUGCUCUGGAACGGGAGAGGAAGGAGAAGGAGAGAUUUGAAGCUCUGGAACGGGAGAGGAAGGAGAAGGAGAGAUUUGAUGCUCUGGAACAGGAGAGGAAGGAGAAGGAGAGAUUUGAAGCUCUGGAACGGGAGAGGAAGGAGAAGGAGAGAUUGGAAGCUCUGGAAUGGGAGAGGAAGGAGAAGGAAAGAGCCGAAAAAGAAAGGCUGGACAGGGAGAAGGCUUUAGAGCAGGAGAGACUCGAGAAGGAGAGGCUUGAGAGGGAGAAAGCUCUUGAGCAGGAGAAACUCGAGAGGAAGGAGAAGGAGAGGGCUCUGGAACACGAGAAGCUAGAAAAGGAGAAAUCCUUGCAGAAAGAAAAGGAGGAGCAGGAGACAGCCUUGGAACAGAAGAAAGAGAGGGCUAGAAUGGCCGAAAAGGAGAGGGAAAGUCACCUCCCUCCGUUGAAACGCGGCCGCGAGCUUGGUUUCACCUCCCUGCCCACUCCUACCCUCCUCUCCACUGGACCGGCCGCAAAGUCAUCGGCAGAGGAAGGCGAGAAGGUAGAUGCCCAUGCUAAAUCCAGCAUCUCACCAACACCUCUGUCGCCUCAGUCCACAUUCAAGAAGUUCCGCUUCCAACGGGAGCCCCCAAUUCAAUCGUCCUCGCCUUCCAUGGUCAUCAAGCGGCCCCGUAACUUCUCAGACACCCCCCAGCCCCGGGCCUUAACCGUCUCUGCGCUAACAGAAGUUUCACAGCAGGAAGGACUCAAGUCCUCCACCGAACAGGAAGGCCCACAGAAAAAGCAGGAGGUUGCUGCCAAGGCGCCCGAGAAGGAGACCACGAGUCCCAAAAAAGAAGAGGCAAAAAGUCUUGUAUUGGCGGACAAAGAAAAAGUGGAUUCAGCAAAGAUCGAGACAGAAUAUGCAGCUAAGGAAGUGGACAAAAGCAAGGGUCCAAGAGAGGAUACUGCACCGCGUAGGGGAAGAGAGACAAAGAAGGACGAAAAACAUGCAAGGAAACGAUCAUCGUCUAAUGACUCCUCCUCCUCAGAAUCCGACUCUGGGUCUUCAUCGUCCGGCUCCUCCAGCUCAUCAACAUCCUCUAGAGAGAAAACCCGUGACACUACAAGGGGUAAAAGGGAAGAGAAACCUAAAAAAGAUCAGGCUCAGGGCAUAAAGGAAACACCAAAAGUCUCCCCGAGCAAAGGAGGGUCGUCUGUAGAGAAGAGAAACGUAACUGCUGAUGAAGAAGGCCACAACAAGAAACCUUUCAUUGAAGCACCGACCGGAGAGGAGCCCCAAAGAAAGAAAAAGGACAACGACAGAGAGAAGGAAACAGACAAACAAAGGCAGGUGAAGGAGACUGCCAUGGCAGAGCCAGAGAAGCUUCCAGAGACCAGCGAGGAGACACCAAAGGCCUUCUCAACUCGUAAGAUCUCCAUCAGCAGCAGUAAAUCGUCCCCGGGCACCGGCGGUGCAGAGGGCGAGCAGGACUCUGGGGCUGCAGCCGGGCGCAAGAGGAGGUGGGGAUCCAGCACAGCCGUCACCGCCAAGAAACCUUCCUUCAGCAUCACCACGGAGUCACUGAAGUCUCUGAUCCCAGACAUUCGUCCGUGCCUCGGUCAGGAGGCCGUAGUGGACCUGCACCCAGAGGAAGCCGCCCUCUCCGGUGCUGAGGAAGAAGAGAGGGAGCGCUCUGACCAGGACCUACAGAUCAGACGAACCGUCACACAGGUGGUGCACCCGGAGAGCCAGGAGAAUGGACAGAAGGAGGUGAAGAGGAGCAAACACGAGGACUCGGAGGAGGAGGAUGUGCAGGGAGACAAAGAGAGGACAAGAGCGCACGAGGAGAAGGACAGGAACGUGAUGGAAACCCAGUCUCCAUCACACACCAGCCGUGACGUAGAAAUGAACACUGUGACCCCAGGCGACACCCUCAUCCGUCGCUCCAUCAGCCAGCAGAAAACGGGUGUUUCCAUCACAAUCGAUGACCCUGUUCGCACGGCCCGGCAGCCCUCACCACCCCGCGGCAAAGUCUCCAGCAUCGUUCACAUCAGCAACCUGGUGAGGCCAUUCACUCUGGGGCAGCUGAAGGAGCUGCUCAGCAGAACCGGCACCCUGGUGGAAGAGGGCUUCUGGAUCGACAAAAUCAAGUCUCACUGCUUCGUCACCUACUGCAGCUCAGAGGAGGCCGUCGCUACUCGUGCAGCUCUCCACGGGGUGAAAUGGCCUCAGAGCAACCCAAAAGUCCUUAGUGUAGACUUCUGCCAGCAGGAUGAGUUGGACUUCCAAAAAGGCUUGGCCAACCGACCCGGAGCAGAGGAGCGCGGCCGAGCGUCCGGCCUGCCCUCUCUCUUCCCCGAGCGAGAACAGUGGGCCGAGCGCGAGCGAGAGAUGGAGCGCCGAGAGAAGGCCAGGGCGGAGCGGGAGUGGGACCGCGACAAGGUCCGAGACUUCGGGAAACCCGGCGAGGAGAAGGAGGGAGACCCCCAGAGGUCACUCUCCAAAGAGAAACGCCGCAAAGAGAGGGCAGAGGGCAAGGAAAAGAAGUCUGAGAAGAAAGAUAAAACAGCUGAGGAUCCCCCUGCAAAGCUGCUUGAUGAUCUUUUCCGCAAAACUAAAGCAGCUCCUUGCAUAUACUGGCUUCCACUUACAGACGACAAUAUCGCUCAACGGGAAGCUGCCAGGGCAGAACGGAUGAAGGUGCGCGAGACACGGAGGAAGGAGCGAGAUGAGGAGGAGGAGUUGAAAAAAAGGGAAGAGGAGCGCAAGGAGAGGGUGAAACCUGCAGGCGGCCAAACCGCAGAGCGGAGCGAGGGUGAGAAAGAGAAGGAGAAAGAGAAGGAGAAAGAGAAGGAGAAGGAGAAGAGCAGGGACAGAGAGAGAGACAGAGGUAGGGAGAACGACAAACGGAGGGAUGGUUACCGUAGGCCAGAAGGCCGCGGGGCUGGCGGGGGCCGACGCUCCCGCAGCCGCAGCGACCCUCGAGACAGGCGGCGUUAACGGCCAAUCAACUGACGGGACUGAGACCACACCCUCUUCCAUUUGCCUUUCACUACAUGUACUUUGUUACAACUAAGAUCCAAUAGAGGACCAACUGAUGUCGCCACCAUCUCUCAAAUUGUCACCUUUUUUAAACAAGCACAUCCACACCUACACGCAGUCGGGCUUAAAAGGGAUCAUGGUUUUUUUGCAGUGUUGUUUCCCAGAGUGCCGUGCGUGGCGCUUCUGUCAAGAUUCGAUAUAUUUUCUUUAUACGUUUGCCUCUCUUCUUCUUAAGUUUUUUGUCUUGACGGUUUCGCAGUAUGACACGCUGGGUUAUUUUAAUAAUUUCCCGCCAUAUGUUCCCCAUUCGCCCCCAAAGUGUAGAUGCCAAUUAUGAUUUGCAAUCACUUGUCGUUGCCUCUGUGUUUUGAACAGCUCUGAAAUCUGGAUGAGGAAUCCUUUUGUUGCUGCAUGUAGUCCAAGGCUCUUCUUGCCAGCCCUGCCUAAAGAGAAAACUGUCCUCCGUGCAGAGGCUUGCAUAAAUCUGAAAAUAUUGGAAUAGGUGUGUUUGACAUUUUGUACAGACAUAUAAGAUUAAUUCAAAAUCAAGUCUUUUAAAUGAGGCAGCUCUGGGGUAUAUUUGGACAGGUGUGGAAUUACUUCUAAUACAGUGCUCCGCUCUCCCUCUGUUUAGUUAAGAGAUGAGACAAUUCUCUGUUUGUCACGCCUGUCACAAGUUAUGAUUAUGUACGUAUCAUUGCUUCUCUUCUUCCUCCUCUUCCUCCUCCCUAUAGCGUCAAGGGGGGAUGUUCAUUAUGAGUUUUCUCAACAAUGGUUUUAAUAUUGUUUUUUUAAUCUUUAUUUUAUCAUGUUAGUAAAAAUGUUUUUGUUUUUUAUUUCUUCUUUGAGUACGCCUAUCAGUGGUGAAUGUACAAAUAAUAAAAAUUGAAAUUUGAAA